UUAACUUAAAAGACAAAAUUGAGAAACUUAAGUUUUGGAUUUUUUUGAUAAAUAGUCAAGAAAUUUAGUACCUUGGAAUUAGUAUAUUGCAAAUUAGUGAACACAUGCAAAAGAGAGUUCAAGAUUUGGAUGCGACGCCGACCAUUGACCAAGCAAAGAAGAGAGAGGGAAAGAAAUAACCUCAGUAAAAACACAAAGCCCAAGGUGACCACCUGUUGCCCUCUCGUUUCCUGUUCCUUGUCUCUUACAAGUAUAACCCAACGAGGAGAGAAGAGAAGGCACAUUGUAUUUUGAAAGGGGAAAAAAGAAAAUAAAAAACAAAGGCUGGUUUGAAGAGAUCAUGCAGCAGCACCUCAUGCAGAUGCAGCCCAUGAUGGCAGCUUAUGCUUCCCCAAAUCAAGUCACCACUGAUAUCAUACAGCAGUAUCUGGAUGAGAACAAGCAAUUGAUUCUGGCUAUUCUAGACAACCAAAAUACAGGGAAAGCUGAAGAAUGUGCUGAAAACCAAGCAAAACUUCAAAGGAACCUCAUGUACCUCGCUGCCAUCGCAGACAGUCAACAAGCUCCGACCCUGACUCAGUUUCCUCCGAAUAGUAUGAUGCAGUCUGGCCCUCGAUACAUGCCACACCAGGCAGCCCAGCAGCUGACUCCUCAGUCCCUCUUGGCGGCCAGAACCUCCAUGCUCUAUCAGCAGUCGCCGAUUUCUUCUUUGCAGCAGCAAGCAGCGCUGCAUGGGCAGCUAGGAGCGAGCAGUGGCUUCAACAUCCUCCAUGGCGAAGCGAGUGUGGGAUUCCCCGACUUCGGCCGCGGCAAUUCAUCGAAGCAGGAAGGUGGGAGUGCAUUGUCGGCGGAAGGUCGCGGCGGGAACUCAGCGAGGCAGAGUGGCGACGGCACGGAGUCUCUCUACUUGAAGGGCUCGGAGGAGGAAGGCAACUAGUAAUUAGUAUAAAAAGCUUGAUAGAUGUUAAAAAUGGCAGACUUGUUACUACUCCUUUUAAGUAGAUGGGUGUUUCGAACGGUUAUUCCGGGUUGCGUUGUAGGUUUUUCACUUUUUUUGUUGACGCCUAUGCUGUCUCAAUCUGCAAUAAAUUCUGUGUUGAUCUUUGGGUGUGCU